AUGUCAGACUCAAACUCUGUUGUCGAGUCUCCCAGCACGCUCACUUUUGCUAGAAGCAGCCAUGAAACACAAGAAUCAGCAAUGUCAAUUUCCAGCCUGGAAAAGAGUCUAGCAGAGUGCUGGAACGCUAGACCGAACUAUGAAAUGAGCAGAGAUACCCAGUACGACCGUGUUGUUUCGCCAACUUGUAGACAGCCGGAGCUCAUAUUUUCAAGCUUGACGAAAACGUCCCCCAAUGAUCCUGCUGUUACUUACAGAGGGUCCAGAAUUGAGAGUACCAGGAGUAGGUUUGUCCCCGGCGGAAGACCCCCAUCAGGCGCAUUAUUACCAAGCUGCCGAACAUUGGCUGAGCCACCUGUGCAAGGCUCCGCACUCGAUGGUGUUACCGCAAUGGCCACCAGAUCAAGCGUUUCAGAAGACAAUAAGCCGCUUUUUAUCCAGCCCCACCACACCAACACAAGAUACCGCGGUGACACAAGAACACGAUACUUUACAACACAGAUUCCAGGACUCAGAGACGAGCUCAACUGUGCCAUAUGGUUGGAGAACCUCCCGACAGGGAUAAACACGGAAUGGCUGUUAAGCAGGGUCCGCACUGGAGCGGUUUAUGCAGCACACAUCAACUUGCCGACAUUGACCAAGCCACGAUGCGCGGCAAAGCUAGUGUUUACGAAGCAUGUCGGGGCGGCGAAGCUACUCGACUACCUGAAGACACCAGCCGGCAGGCAUGAGUUUGGUAAAUCCGUCGUAGGAAAGUGGAAUAUGCAUGGCCAUAUCGAAUUCAGGAGUCCAGAGAGCCGCGUGCUUAGAAUACUGGGUAAGGCUCCGUUCAUGACUUUGGAUUUCUGGUUGAAGUUUCUGGGAAACAUGCAAAACUUCACAUACCAAAUCAGCCAUGCGCUCCAGUCCUAUUUACCCGACGGACAAGUGGUGGUGGAACUAGGGUUCGGUCGAGUGGACAGCCAAGCGAGAUAUGUGAAAAACGUAAUACAGAAGGAUAUCACCUGCGGGGAGCUGGCCGAUGUUGAAUGGGCGCCUGACCAUUGCGAUUGCUGA